AUGCACCUUGCCUCAUGGAUAAGUGGACUGUUGACAGUAUUGCUAAUAGCCGCAAGUUUUGCUUAUUCUGCCCCAUUGUUGCUCUCUGGGACGGGAACUAUGUCUGACACGUCCAGUUCAUGGACACUGGAACGUGCUUCACGUGUCGGGGACCAGUUCAUCAUGCUCGCACUUGUUGGUCUGACUAUUUUCUGUGACACCCACUUGCCCUACUGGAUCUCUGUUGGUUCGGAAUUUUGGUUGCAAAUUAGACUACUCGUAGACAAUUUUAUCAUCAUCGCAGGUAUUCUGAUUACGAGUGAUCUGUUCAAAGAAUCUCGACGCAUUCGUUCCAAUCAGUCGACUAAGAUCAAAUGA